CGAACACUUGAAGGCGAUGUCAACGACGAUACCAGUGGAGACUUUCGAGACGCGCUGGCUCUAUUGCUAAGUGGCAAACGAGACGAACCGACGGCUCUUCAACUGAAAAAGCUGACCGAAGAAAAUGUGCAUGAAUUGGUUAAUGUUCAGCUGGCUGAGACCGAUGCCAAGGAAAUCUACGCGUCUGGUGAAGGGUAA